AUGUUCGCUGCACGCUGGCCCACACCGCUCGCGACGGUCGCCCGUCAGUGCGCCGCCGCGCGCGUCGUCUUGCCCAAGGCGCCCCACACCGCACACCGAGCUAUGAUGCGACAACAAGGCAUGUGCACCACUACCCGUACCGAAACAUCCCACGCAGCCUCGUUCCUCCGCUCGUAUCGAUUCGCCCUUGCCGCGUCCUUGCCCCUCGUCGCCGUCGGCCUCGGCGCAUCACGUCAACAACCGAUCCAUUGCGCCUCCGACACCAGGGCUUAUGCCCAAACGACCUCGGCACAGACCGGCGCCUUGGGAGCCUAUGACGAACUUCUUCCUGCCGAAUCUAUCAUCAACCUCCGUGAUCUCAGCUUUGGCACGGUGUCGGGUAUCUGCGUUGGAAUUUUCGUCAAGAAGGGUUUGAAGGUUUGUUCGCGCCUGACCGGAUCGCGGAGGUUCGCCGAUGUAGAGAAGUGGCAAACACUUAGUUCACCGUUCUAAACAUAUUCAGGCUGUUGCAUUUGCUCUAGGUGGUGUCUUUGUCUUCCUCCAAGUGAGAUCACAACCUACUCAAAAGCCGUGUCUGCUUCCGUCAAGCCAACAUUUUUCAUCUGACCCCUGCUUCGCGUGUCGCAGUACAUGUCGUCUCGAUCGCUCUUGCAAAUCAACUGGGGUGCCAUCACAAACUCUUACGACUCGUUCAUCACCAAACGCGCAGGGCCACCCGCUAGUGCCGGUGGAAACCGCAUCACUGGCUUGUGGAGCUGGUUCGUCGACUUUGUCAGUGCCGACGUUCAAAGCCGAGCUACGUUCGUCGCUGGUAUCCUUCUCGGCUUCCGGUUGGGCUAG